AAGUUCGGGAGGGCAGCCAGACGAAUUCACCCCAGUCGCGUUGGCUGGGGAAAACAGUGAUUUGGAAAAUCGUGAUGCGGGUAUUUUUAUUUUCGAAGUGGUCGUCUAAGUGUUUCAUUUCUCGUUCAGUGCGACGAGGGUUGAUUGAACCCUGGUUAUGUGGAUGAACGCGUUUUUGCUCCCUUUGUCUGCCCAGGAGCUCUGCUUGACUGGCUUCAGUCCAGGAUGGAUGACUUGAUGACACGGAGUGUUCCAGAUGGCGCUGCAAUGCAGGAACUUGACCCCAAGCCAGGGUUCCUGGUUGGAGGCACUGUGCAGAGUUUCUUGCCGCCCAAGCCCAUGGAUCCAGUUUUAUACUCUACCUCGUCUUUACCCUAUGCUGCCAACAUCUUGCUAGAUGAGCAAAGAACCAUUCCGAGGAGUCUCAUGCCAAAACCUCAGGUCCCUGAGAAGAAGCCAGCUUUGUUGAAAGCCGUGACAAGAUCGCAGUCUAUGAAGGAACCUGGUGGAAAACCAGUGCCAAAGCGACCACCGAAGGCGAAGUAUAGUUUGCCUGACGAGGAGACCAAGUUUCACAGCCUACCAAGAAGGAAGCCUGCGUUGAAGCGCUCGAGUUCUAAUUGCAGCAUCAAGAGCGAUGCAGGGAAGAAGGAAGAGAAGGUUUCCACUUUGCAGAGAGGGCGACAGUUGCCAGAGCCACCCAAGAAACCAGCAGAAACCACCCUGAAGAAGUCCCCUGUGGCAAAAACUGGCAGCACGAGCAGUUUGUCUGCUUCUAUGUAUGCCACUCUUCCUCGCAGAGGGAAGCUGAAACAGCAGUCACCGGACAGCUCUGAUAGUGCGCAUGACACUGUACCGAGUACCAAACCUGCUCCGAAACCUCCUCCAAAACCUGUCUACCUCGCUCCAAAGACCAUGCCCAGGAGCCUGGUGAAGAAACCCGACUCCGUUGAUGGAAAACCCCCGAGUGGAAACUCGGUCAAGAGGUCUGCCUCGACCCCAAGGGCUCCUAGUCCUGGUUUCAAUCGUUCUAAAAAAGAGCCAGCGAAAGUUCCGACGAAGCCUCCGAGACCCGUUAUCUACUUGGAGAAUGCCACACAAACGCUGCUGACUCUGGAGGACAUGGAAUCGUCAUUAGUGACCCCGGGGUCGAAGGUCGUGAGUGUGGCAAUACCUACUACUGAUGCCGGGGUUCAAGCAGAGAUCAACUUUUAUGAUCCGACGAAGAACUACACAGCAGCAGAUGCCCAGAAUUUGUCCCACCAGCUGGAAAGACUCACUUUGGAGCACUGCAGGUUGGAAAAUAACUACGCGCGUUUGCGUUCUGCUGUUGGUGAAGUGGACAGACUGAAGACCGAGCUGAAGAAGCUGCAGAAGACCUUGGAGGAAGAGGUGGCGAUAAAGAACGAGGUCCAACAGGAACUGGAUGAGACUUCCACCAGGGUCCAAAGCAUGCUAUCUUCUCUGGAAGGGGUUGAAAAGGAGUUCACCUCCAGAGGCAACAACUUGGCUGAUUUGGAAAUUCAGUUGGAACUUGCGCAGCAGAGUAUUCUGAAUCAGCAAGUGGAGAUCGAGACCAACCAGAACAUCAUUUUGGCCUUGCAGAUGGACUUGGAGAAAAGUCUGACUGCUCAAAAGGCUCUUUUUCAGCAACUUCAUGAAGCGGAAGCCGAGUCCAGAGAACUGCAGGACUUUUUGCAAAGUGAAAAGAAUACACUGCAGGAUGCUUUAAGAGAGGCUGAGAAAACCAUGAACCAACUGCGAUUCCAGGCUGAAGAAAAGGACAAACUGCUGCAGGAACAAACCUUGAAGUGUGGGAGACUAAUGCAACUCUCGAGUGUUGAAGAGCGAAGCUCUCCUUUUGAAGAACGAGGGGUUGGAGAUGGAACAGAUGGUGAUCAGGACUCGGUGACAUCAUCAGCCAAGGAAAUGCUUUUACACCAGGGAGCCCAAUUGUCUUCAUCAGCGGUGGCCUUGGAGAAUCUCUCCUUCAAAGUGUCUUCCUUGCAUCAAGUGAUUGUCGCUGCGCAAAAUUCCAGCGGCGACUUCAUGACUGAAGGAAAUUUACUUGGCGAAUUGCUGAAGCAACUGGUGGGUCCAGAAGAGCUCUCGAAGCUUCUGAGAGAAGGUCCUAUGAAACAGAAACCGCCGAAGCCAAAGUCAGACCUCAUGUGUGCCUCCAGCAACAUGCUGGAGUCGGUGAUGGAAGAAGAAGAAGACGACCUCCUUCCCGAGAAGCCCAAGAAUGCUUCUGGAAACACCUUGUCAGAACAAGUGACGGAAAUCGAUGCACUUCUGUCGGAAUUCCUGAAAAAUGUUCUCAUCAUCGGGGCAAUCGCCCAGAGGAAUGCGAACGAGUUCAAGCAGGAGAGAGACGAUCUCUUGACUUUGUCUGAAGCGAGGGACAGAGAAAUGGCAACACUGAGGAGCGCGACGGCUUCUCCAAAGCCUGUAAAUGGUGCAUCUAGCCAUUUUUCACUAGGUACUGACAGCCCGCAGGGCUCAGAGAAAAAGCUUCUGGAAAGUCCCGGAGAUAAGCCUGAUGCAUUUUUGUUGUCAAUGAAGAGUGAGAUGUCCAGGACGAAGCUGAAGCUGCUGGAAAAAGAUGCUGAGAUGCGCGAGAAAGAGGAGAGGCAUGCCAGACAUGCACAAAUUCUGCUGGAAAACUGGCGCAGGGCUGAAGCUGAACUUUCCAGAUUGGAUGAUGCCAUGGACAGAGUUGUGAUGACUCUGCAAGGUGUCCCAGAUGUGGUGACAGCAACACCGGCCUUGAAAAAGCUGUUGAUAGACUUGGGAUCUUUGAACUGUGGUAUCCCCUACAAGCCUUCAGUGAACGGCGCUUCCAAAGCCGCUGGGUCCCCAGGCAGCUCUCCUCCAGGGAAUGGGACCUUGAUGGAAGCUGAUGAGCUGGAAACGGUCAUUGACUGAAAUUGUACCAAAGGAGCCUCAUGAACUCAGUUGUAUGGUGUGUGUGUCGUGUGAGACGCUUAUGAAUUCGUGGGAGGAAUUACACUUCUAGUGGUGUUUCCGUUCA